AUGUCGGUAAGGAAUUUGACAAACAACGGAAAAAAUCUCAGCAGCAGUGAUGAGGGUAUGCAGACAGAGUCGUCACUGCUGUCAACAUCCUCGGAGCGCAGAAACCCCUUUCUGGGCAGCGGGGAAGAGGACGAGGGACUGCUGGAACCGGAGAAUUCGAGUCAAGAGCUGCUACAUAACGAUUCUAGCGGCUCAAUACGUUUUCAAGCGGCAAACAACAGCGGUGCGUCUCACUUUGCAGAUCAUGGCGGUGAAGGUGUGGGAGGUGUAGUACAGCAGCAGCCAGUUUCGGAUUACAAAGGAUAUUACUCAAAAAACUCACCGGCCAACGCCGGCGGGGUUCCGGACAAUACGCGAUUGAACUCAGCAAAGGGCCUUCCAUCAUCAACCUCUCUAAAUACAGGGCUAUCAGCGAACGACAUCAUGUCGCCUCCAGAGUAUGACAGAUAUCCGUUGGUAAGUUCAAGGAUAAGUUCGAUGGCUCAGAUGCCAAAUCCAAACAAAUAUACGCAUGGUUUAAAUUCUUCCUCCCCGGGGAAUGCAUCAGAUUCAUCGAUAUCCUCGAAUCCGUUUUUGGGAGAACAAGAUUUUUCACCUUUUGGUGGUUAUCCAGCUUCUUCUUUUCCUCUUCUAAUGGAGGAAAAGGAAGAUGAUGAUUAUUUGCAUAAUCCUGAUCCAGAAGAAGAGGCAAGGCUAGAUAAAAAACGGUUUGUAAUUGAUUUCAAACAUAUGAGUAGAAGAUCAUUUGGUGGUUUAAUUGGUAUUUUAUUGCUAUUUUUGGGAAUGCUGGUUGUUUUUGUUGUUAUACCUGCAGUUACAUUUACUGGUCGUAGAGGUACGCAAGUUAUCAGUCGGUUAACAGAUUACCAAUAUCCCCAGUUAUCAGCGAUAAGAACAGCCCUGGUGGAUCCAGAUACACCCUCAUCUGUUCUGACGAGACGAGCACUCGACGGUUCGCAAUGGUCGCUGGCAUUUUCCGAUGAGUUUAAUGCUAAUGGCAGAACUUUUUACGAAGGUGACGAUCAAUUUUGGACAGCUGUUGACCUAAAUUAUGCAGCUACAAGAGAUUUAGAAUGGUAUUCACCUGACGCUGUAACAACGAAUAACGGUACGUUGCAACUAAGAAUGGAUGCUUUCAGAAGUCACGAUUUGUAUUAUCGAUCAGGUAUGCUUCAGAGUUGGAAUAAGCUAUGUUUCACUCAGGGUGCACUGGAAAUUUCUGCAAAUUUGCCAAAUUAUGGUAGGGUUACUGGGUUAUGGCCAGGUUUAUGGACUGCAGGUAACCUUGGUCGUCCAGGUUAUCUGGCCAGUACUGAAGGUGUUUGGCCAUAUUCUUAUGAGUCCUGUGAUGCUGGUAUCACACCAAAUCAGAGCUCUCCGGAUGGAAUAUCAUAUUUGCCCGGUCAAAAAUUAAGUGUUUGUACUUGCGAUGGUGAGUCACAUCCAAACCAAGGUGUCGGAAGAGGAGCUCCAGAAAUCGAUGUCUUGGAAGCUGAAGCUGACACUACGUUAGGUGUUGGCGUUGCAUCUCAAUCUUUACAAAUUGCACCUUUUGACAUCUGGUACAUUCCGGAUUAUGAGUUUAUCGAGGUUUAUAACUUCACUACUACAUCAAUGAAUACCUAUUGUGGUGGUCCUUUCCAGCAAGCUGUAUCAGCUAUCACCACUUUGAAUACUACGUGGUACGAAUUUGGUCCCGAUGCAGGGAAAUUUCAGAAGUACAGUUAUGAAUACCUUAAUGAUAACGAUAAUGGAUAUAUUCGUUGGUUCGUCGGUGAUGUACCCACCUAUACAAUUUACGCAAAAGCCCUUCAUCCCAAUGGUAAUAUUGGCUGGAGAAGAAUUAGUAAAGAACCAAUGUCGAUCAUCCUAAAUCUGGGUAUUUCGACUAAUUGGGCCUAUAUCGAUUGGCAAUUCCUUUUCUUCCCGGUCACUAUGUCUGUUGACUAUGUUAGGAUAUAUCAACCUAAUGACAGUAUAUCGAUAACGUGUGAACCGGAUGGAUACCCUACUCAAGAUUACAUCAAUGCGCAUAUGAAUGCUUACUACAAUGUUAACUUAACAAGUUGGGAAGAGGCAGGCUACAGUUUCCCUAAGAACAUAUUGACCGGUGACUGUACCAGUUCAAGAUUCCAACUUUCCUCCAAUGAUGGUCAGCAUUCCAAUUCAAAUUGA